AUGUCUGCACGGAGCUCUGAAGUAGACGUCGAGAAGGAAGGGACGGUAAAGGUCGAGCCAGGGAGGGUGUAUGGUGGGAAGGAAGCGCUCGAGGGGGCGGAGUUGGGCGCGCAGGGGGGUGUCAAGCGGAAUCUCAAGGCGCGGCAUCUGCAGAUGAUUGCGCUCGGCGGAACGAUCGGUACAGGCUUGUUCGUCGGCGCAGGCUCGGCAUUGGCGACGGGCGGAGCGGCCGGGAUCUUCUUGGGCUACUCGAGCGUCGGCAUGAUCGUCUAUGCGGUCAUGGUCGCACUGGGCGAGAUGACGGCUCUGUAUCCCGUAAAUGGCGCCUUCGUACACUACGCCAGCCGCUUUGUCGACCCCUCACUCGGCUUUGCGCUGGGAUGGAACUACUGGUACAACUGGGCCAUCACAAUCCCAACCGAAAUCGUCGCCGCCGCACUCGUCCUCGACUACUGGCCCCGCGCCGCAGAAAUCAACGUCGCGGUAUGGAUAACGGUCUUCUUCAUCGUUAUCACCACUUUCAACUUCAUGGGCGUCGGAGCGUACGGAGAGGCAGAGUUUUGGUUCGCGUUGAUCAAGAUCGUCACCCUCCUCGGCUUGAUCCUCGUCGCACUAAUCAUCACAGCCGGCGGCGUCCCGACAAGCGACUCCUCCGAAUACCCCAUCGGCUUCCGCUAUUGGAACGAAGUGCCGUUCCAACAGCAGAACGGGAUCCCAGGCUCGCUUGGAAGGUUCUUGUCCUUCUGGACUGUUUUCCUCCAAGCCUCCUUCAGUUUCCUAGGUACCGAAAUAGUCGCUCUCACUGCUGGAGAAGCCGAGAACCCGCGCCGGAACGUCCCCAAAGCGAUCAAGCGCGUGUUUGCGAGGAUCGUGUUUUUCUACGUGGUGGGAGUGUUCAUGAUGAGUUUGAUCGUGUCGCCUAACGAUCCGGGGUUGUUGAACAACUCGGGAACGGCUGCGUCUCCCUGGGUUAUCGGCAUCGAGAAGGCGGGCAUCAAAGUCCUCCCACACAUCGUCAACGGCGUAAUCCUCACCGCCGCCUUCUCCGCCGGCAACUCUGACCUCUACGCCGCCUCUCGCACCCUCUACGGCCUCGCAUGCGACGGUCAAGCUCCGCGCAUCUUUGCCAAGUGCCUCAAGAAUGGGUUGCCCAUCUGGAGUCUGGUCGCGACGGCGAGUGUUGGGUUCUUGGCGUAUAUGAAUUGUGGGACGGGAGGGGAGAGGGCGUUCAACUACCUCGUCGCCAUCGCCUCCGUCACAGGCCUAAUCUCCUGGCUCGUCAUCCUCAUCACCUACCUGCGCUUCUUCUACGGCGCGCGCAAGCAAGGAAUCGACCGCGAUGCGUUCCCUUACAAAGCCCCGCUCCAGCCUUGGGCUUCGUACGCCGCUGCGUUCAUGAUCACCGUUAUCAUCAUCUUCUCGGAUUAUCAGGUCUUCCUUGCCGGAAGCUGGGACAUCGGUUCCUUCCUCUCAGCCUACAUCACCAUUCCCUGGUUCUUCCUCAUGCUCAUCGCAUGGAAGGUCUGGAAGAAAACGACUUUUGUCCGCCUCGAAGCGAUGGACUUCUCCUCUGGCCGCCGAGCGCUCGACCUGAUGGAGGAGGAACAGCAGAGGAUGUAUAGGCCGCCGCAGACUUGGUGGGAGAAGGUUUGGGACUGGCUCAUGUGA